CUCUCUCUCAGCCACUACCCACAGAGAAGAAGAAUACUUGGUUCCCACGAAAUCCAACGAACUUUCUCUCCGUCUGUCUACUCUGUAUUUGUCGAAGAAUGCUCCAAAAAUAAAAAAAUUAAAAAAAAAAAUCUCAAACCCUAAAACCCAUUCAAUGCCCCAAUUCAUAAUCCUAAUUCAAUUCCCAAAACCCUAAUUCCCUAACCAAUUUUCUAACAUUCUUCAAUUUAAAAAAAAAAAAAAAUUGAAUCUUUCCCAAACGGGUCCAAAUGGACGACAAUUCGUCGUCUUUUCCGGACCACAAGCUCUGCGGUUUCCUUUGUGCUGUUCUCACUCUUAAUUCCCCAAUCCACUCCGAUACGUUACGUUUCGGCACUCGCUUUCGAAUCUCCCGAGAGAACUCCGAGCUCGGAUUCAGGUCCCAUUGUGGCGUCGUUUUAACACCCGUUGGUUCAGUACCGAAAUCAGUACUACAGGAAGUUCAUGAUUCGGAGCAAUGCGAGGCUGUGGAAAGCGAAAUGGUGAAGAAUUCCAAUGGGAAUCGCAGAAAUUCCAUGCGCAAACUGGGGAUUAAGAGGAAGAGGAGCAUAGGGUUGGUGAAUGGAAGUAUAAGCGUGGUGCACCAGCUUCAUGCUUUGGUGAUGAACAAGUGCUUAGCAAUCGAUGCGAGGAUGGUUUGGGCCGAAGUCGUUGAUGGCGGCUCGGAGACCAGGGCAGUGUUGCUGGUUGAUGUGUAUCUUCCUGUUGCAUUGUUGGCUGGAUGGCAGUUUCCGAAAUCCGGUUCGGUUGCCGGUGCCUUAUUCAGACACUUGAGUUGUGACUGGGGCGAAAGAAGCUCAAUGCUUGCCAGUGAAGAUUAUUGUAAAGCUUGUCUCGGAGCUAACAGGGCCUUAUGGGAUCUCUCUGAUUGUCAUGUUCUGAGAUGUAAGCUGCAUCAUAGUGUUACUGAUUCUUCAAAGAAAAGGCUGUUUGAACUUCAUGAAAUUUUUAAGAGCAUACCUAGUGUGACCAAUAACAGACAUCCUGAUUAUUCUUCUAGAAUACAACCAGAAGAUGACUGUUCUACAACUGGCAUUUGGGAAGUAUCUGAUGACAUUCUGAUGAAUAUUCUAGCUACACUUGGCCCAAUGGAGCUUGUUAGGGUUGCUGCAACCUGUCGCCAUCUAAGGCUCCUGGCUGUAUCUAUCAUGCCAUGUAUGAAACUAACGUUAUUUCCUCAUCAGCAGGCAGCAGUGCGGUGGAUGUUACACAGGGAGAGGCAUGCUGAAAUCUUGCCGCAUCCUCUAUACAAGGCCUUGUCAACUGAGGAUGGAUUUUCUUUCUAUGUAAAUACUAUUUCUGGUGAAAUAGUCAGUGGUUUAGCUCCCACCAUCAAUGAUUUCCGUGGGGGAAUGUUCUGUGAUGAACCUGGCUUAGGCAAGACUAUAACUGCUCUUUCCCUUAUUUUGAAGACACAGGGAACACUGGCCGGCCCACCUGAUGGUGUACAAGUCACCUGGUGUACACAUAAUGGUAAGAGUUGUGGAUAUUAUGAGCUAGAGGGUGAUCAUCUUUCCAGUGGUAAUAUGGUCCCAAGAAUGAGGGCCGUAGGCCAGAAAGCUCAAAGAGGUAUAGAGGAAUUCAGCAAUUACUCAUCCAAAAGAGGCAGGCUAAUUGUCCUUGAUGCAAAAACUGCAGGAUUUGAUCUUCCAUGUUCUGGUAAACGGGUCAAAACACCAACAGCUGCAUGCUCUAACCCAUCAAUGCAUGUGUUGCGAAGCACUAGGAGUUUGAAUCACAUCAAGAAAAAUCUUCUUUUCACAUUUGAAGGAGCAUCUGACUCAUCCAGGAAAACAAAGGGAGGGCAAAACUCUAGAAAAAUAAAGAAUUCUUCAGAUGGUCAAGAAGUUGAGAGGUCGAAAGGACUUUCAAACAAUUGCAAUGAACCUGGAAAGGUUACCAUGAAUUACAAGCAUGAUGACACUUGGGUUCAGUGUGAUGCCUGUCACAAGUGGCGGCAGCUACAUGAAAGUAGUGUAGCUGAUGCUAGUAGAGCAUGGUUUUGUAGCAUGAACACUGAUCCUUUAUUUAACAGUUGCAAUGUUCCAGAAGAAUCAUGGGACAGUUGCCAGCCGAUUACGUAUUUACUAGGAUUUCACACCAAAGGAACAUCUGGAGGAGAGGAGCAAAAUGUUUCAUUCUUCACUAGUGUGCUUAAGGAACAUUAUGCCUUGAUUAAUCGUGUAACAAAAAAAGCUUUAACUUGGUUAGCUAGACUUUCUCCAGAAAAGCUUUCGCAAAUGGAAGUGAUUGGUUUGCGAAGUCCUUUCAUUAGUACUUGUGUGGUGCCUGGUGAAGUUGAUCAUGGGUUUCACAAGAUAUUUCAAGCAUUUGGUCUCAGAAAAAGAGUAGAAAAGGGUAUUGUGAGGUGGUUUUACCCGCAAAAUCUUGACAACUUGUGCUUUGAUGUAGCUGCUCUGGAAAUUGCUCUCUCUGUGCCAUUGGAUUCAAUCAGAUUAUAUCUGUCGAGAGCAACCCUCAUAGUUGUUCCAUCAAAUCUAGUUGACCAUUGGAAAACCCAAAUCCAGAAACAUGUGAGAGUUGGUCAGUUGCGAGUUUAUUUCUGGACUGAUCAUAGAAAGCCUUCUGCACACAGUCUGGCUUGGGACUAUGAUGUUGUCAUAACUACUUUCAACCGCUUAAGUGCAGAGUGGGGCCCUCGUAAGAAAAGUGUAAUGAUGCAAGUGCAUUGGCUUAGGGUCAUGUUGGACGAGGGGCAUACCCUUGGAUCAAGUGUUAGCUUGACAAACAAAUUGCAAAUGGCUGUCUCAUUGAUGGCUUCAAAUCGUUGGAUAUUGACAGGCACCCCUACUCCUAAUACACCCAACAGCCAACUGUCACAUCUUCAGCCAUUGCUUAAAUUCCUUCAUGAGGAGGCUUAUGGACAGAAUCAAAAGUCAUGGGAAGCUGGGAUUCUUAGGCCUUUUGAGGCCGAGAUGGAAGAAGGACGAUCAAGAUUGUUGCAUUUACUACAAAGGUGCAUGAUUAGUGCCAGAAAGACAGAUUUGCAGACUAUUCCACCCUGCAUCAAGAAAGCCACUUUUCUCGAUUUUACUGAGGAACAUGCAAGAACUUACAAUGAAUUAGUAGUUACAGUGCGGCGUAAUAUAUUAAUGGCUGACUGGAAUGAUCCUUCUCAUGUUGAGAGUCUGCUGAAUCAAAGGCAGUGGAAGUUUCGGAGUACAACUAUUAGAAAUGUCAGGCUAUCUUGCUGUGUUGCUGGUCAUAUAAAAGUGACAGAUGCUGGUGAAGAUAUUCAGGAGACUAUGGAUAUUUUAGUUGAAAAAGGUCUUGAUCCCAGUUCCGAGGAAUAUGCUUUUAUAAAGUAUAACCUCCUAUAUGGUGGCAAUUGUGCAAGAUGUGAAGAAUGGUGCCGUUUGCCUGUUGUUACACCAUGUAGGCAUCUUUUAUGCCUUGAUUGUGUUGCCCUGGACAGUGAAAGAUGUACAUAUCCUGGCUGUGGUAACUUAUAUGAGAUGGAAACUCCUGAUUCACUAACUCGUCCAGAAAACCCUAACCCAAAGUGGCCUGUACCUAAAGAUCUUAUUGAGCUACAACCAUCAUAUAAACAGGAUAACUGGGAUCCUGAUUGGCAAUCAACAUCUAGCAGUAAAGUUACUUAUCUUGUACAAAAGUUGAAAGCAUUGCAGGAAGAAAAUAGGGAGCUCUGUCGUCGUAAGGAUGAUAAUAAUGAUGCUAAUCACAUUGAGGAGUCGCUUUCUCACUCUCAGAUGAGCAACUUCGAAGUAUUGGUACAAGAGGUUGAUAUGCCCACAUUGAACUGCAAGACUCAUAAAAUAAGUGCGGACAAAGUUUUGAUAUUUUCUCAGUUUCUGGAGCAUAUCCAUGUCAUUGAACAGCAGUUAACCAUUGCCAGUAUUAAAUUUGCUGGUAUGUAUAGCCCAAUGCACUCUAGCAACAAGAUGAAGUCACUGGCCAUGUUCCAGCAUGAUGCAAGUUGCAUGGUGCUCUUGAUGGAUGGAAGUGCUGCACUGGGUCUGGAUUUGAGCUUUGUGACACAUGUAUUUUUAAUGGAACCAAUAUGGGAUAGAAGCAUGGAGGAACAAGUUAUUAGUCGUGCUCAUCGGAUGGGUGCUACUCGUCCUAUUCAAGUGGAGACUUUAGCAAUGCGUGGUACAAUUGAGGAACAAAUGUUGGAGUUCUUACAUGAUGAUGAUGGGUGCAGAAGAUUUUUGAGGGAAGAAUUUGGAAAUGUGGACAGCGAAGGGUCAAGAACGCAUCGUUCACUGCAUGAUUUUGCUGAGAGUAAUUACCUCUCUCGGCUUGGCUUUGUGCGAACAAAUCAUAAGAUGCAAUAAGGAAUUUGGUAGCUUGUUGGAUGGUUACCGAGAAUCACCACUUUUGUUACUUAGACCUGCUGUUUAACCCGCCGCGGUAUAAAGAUUUAAUUGAUCCAGAAGUAUGGACAUGAUUUUUAGUAUAUGAUUAUUUUGGAAACAAUUAGUGUCCUAGAGACGAUACCAAGGAGAUGGAAAUCAUGCAUGUACAUUUGGUAGCUUGCAUUUUGAGAGCAUCUUCUGGUAAAUUUGUUGAUUGAGAUUGGUGUUAAAUGUGCCAAUUUCAAAAUCUUAUUGCUGAUGAAGAGUUGAAAAAUAGUUUAUUUUUGGGAUUUUAAGGAAAAGGUGUUGUAAUUGUAUUGGAUGGAGGAGAGGAUCAUGUAUAGAAUUCUUUUCAACUAUGGACGAAUUUCAAGAAAUAAUUUGUAAGAUGUCUAAUGCAAGUAUUUGUGGACUGAA